UCCUGUGAAUUUAUUCACAGCCAAGCACUUCCAGAAAAGGGCAAGCUGAGCUCAAAUCCUUUUCCAACGCAAACUGUUUGUUGAAUUAAGGGGGAGUUAUUAAAAAUUUCAGUGAAUUGCGAUAUAUGUUAGUUGGGCAAGUAACUUUAAUAGAAAAAACAAAUUUGCAAAUAAACAAUAAAACAGUUUACGUUACCUUCAUUAACGUAAGAGUGUAAACCCGAGUGAUCUGCUGUAUAUUGCUGGGUAAGGGUGAAUAGGAGUAUAGCAUAAUUUCUGAGUGUGAGGAGCCUGUAGGAGGAACGGGGGAAAUGGCAUUUCAAAAUUACUGUAGCAUUUCAGAGACAAUGAAGCUGAUAGGUGCACCAUUUUCAGGAGACAAAAGUAAUCUGAAGGAAUUUAUUGAUAAUGUUGACGCCGCCUUUGAGUUGGUAGAUCCAGUAAACCAUUGGUUAGUGUUGAAGUUUAUUAAGGCUAAGAUUUCGGGAGAAGCGAGAUCGAAGCUACUCGUGAGAGAUUUAACCGGCACCUGGGGUCAAGUUAAAGCAAUAUUAGAAGAAAAUUAUGCAACCCGGAGGACGAUAGAUUUUUAUGCUUGUAAAAUGUUCAGUAGCAGGCAAAAAAAACAUGAAAGAAUUUCAAGUUGGGGGUCAAGAAUAGACCAGAUGCAAAGUGAAUUGAGAUUAGCUACCAGUAAGGUGUGCAACGAACGUGAAUUGGCGGGAGCCAUUAGUCUGAUCAACUAUUUGGCGCGAGCUUGUUUCAUCCAGGGACUGUCGAAUGAUAGAAUUCAGACGAUCGUUAGGAGCAGGGGUGAACAGCUUUUAUUGUCUAGUGCAGUGGAGUUAGCAUUAGAAGAAGAGAGUGCAUUGUUGUCCGCCAGAGAAAGAGGCCUAGGAGCUUAUAGGUCGGAGAAUGAACAGAGAUUUAGUAGCGGUAACUCAGGACCGAGGUACCAGAGACCCAGGUACAAGGCGCAUGUGAUUGCAGAACCUGAGAAAAGAAAUGUAGUAAGGUGUUACGCUUGCGGAAGUAUGGGUCACAUUGCACUUGAUUGUAAGAGAAGUAAUUGCGGUUGGAAACCGAAAUGUGGAAUAUCGAGCCAGGUCAGGCAAGCAGCCAGUCGGGGCCUCGGAGAGUUUAAGGGGUUGCAGCAUAUGCAGUAAGAGUAGCAUAAGUGCAUUAGACACCGUGUCAUUUGAAGUAAGAGAUGGAAGGAAACUUAGGUUAGUGUUCCUUAUUGAUAC